GAAGAGGAAGGAGGGGCGGGGGAGGGUCCACAGAAGGAAGAUUGGCCCCAAGCACGAAGCAACGGCCGAGCCGGCCGCGUCUAGUGUCAGCCUGCGGAUUGCAACGGCGGGGGCGGCUGGCACCCACCAACUGCCGGCGUCCCCAAUUCCAAAGCCGGCAUCUGGGCUGCUCUUUUCCGCCCAGCCGCCCGGCUUGAGCAUCGCUCCCCGCGCGUUCUGCCACGGAGAAGCUCGGGACUUCCACUCGCGGGGGCUUCCCCCACGCCUCUGGGCGCUGCCCCGGGGACGGUCCCCACGUGGGCCACGAAAAGAAAAGCCCCGCCUCGGCCGGCGCGGAGCAAAGCCCGCUGAUCGUGGCGCGUGUGCUUGGCUGCGCCGGGGCCGCAGUAGAGGAAAGCGCCGCGAGCCGGGCUGAGAGAGGAGAGGCGGCAGGUGCAUUGAAGGAGAGUCAAGCUAUUGGAGGCUGUGCAAGGAAGCUUUCUAUAAGACCAUGACGACAACAUCAAACCUCUGCAGCAUCUGGACUGAGAACAGAGCUCCCAGAAUACCUUUUUAUCUUCUCCUUCUCCUUCUCCAGUUUCCAGUGUGGGGGAAAGGAAACCCAGAUGGGACAACUGACGUGGAAACAGAAUUUAGAAGAAUAGAAUCAACACUGAGAAGAUUAGAAAAGCCUGGGCAAAGUAGGGGUGUCAUACGUGAAAAUCCCUUUAUACACCUCCAAUAUCUGGAGUCAAUAUUGGUAGAGAUGCAGUUCCAAGGACAUCAUAAGAGGUUUGGACGAUCAAGUUUAUUUGCCAAUGUGCAUAAAAUCUCGCCCCAGACACCUGAAAAUCUGUCCAUUGAGGAAAAGGUGCAGGAUGAUGAAAUUAAUCAGUUCCAGGUGACUCUGUCAAAAUCAGUCUUAGCAAAAGCCAAAGGUGCAAAAGUCAACCAGGAGGGACGAGUUGUGAUGUUGGCAGCUACCAGCCCGGUGCUCUUCAAGGAUAAUGAUUCCCGCCCAAUCCUUGGUGGAAAAGUGAUUGGCAUCUCAGUGGGAAACACAUCGGUCCAUGGGUUGCUUCCGAAAGAGCGGAUAUCAAUCACCAUUUGGCACAACCACCUUCAGAGGAAUGUGACUCCCUCGUGUGUCUUCUGGGUUAAGGGCGCCAAGCCCAGUGACAUCGGCAAGUGGGACACAUCAGGCUGUGAAGUGGUGCAUGGAGAGAACAAAACAACCUGCCUCUGUGACCAUCUCACCUUCUUUGCGGUGCUCAUGCUCCCUUUAUCAGAAAUAGACGAGAUCCACGAGAAAUAUCUGAAUAUUGUUACUUUUGUUGGUUGCAUCAUUUCAGCUCUGGCUUCACUCGUCACCAUCGUCUUCCUUUGCUUGAAGAAAAAGCAGAGGGACCACAUUGUCUAUGUCCACAUGAACCUCCUCUGGGCCAUCUUUCUCAUCGAUGUGAGCUUCCUCAUUGCGGUGCACCUGGCUCCUACUGGAGGGGACAUGGCUUGCAAAGCUGGUGCCAUGUUCCUGCAUUUUUCCAUGCUUGCAUGCUUGACUUGGAUGGCCAUUGAGGGCUACACUCUCUACCGGAUGGUGAUUGAAGUUUUCAACUCCUACAUCAAAUGCUUACUUGUCAAGCUGUCCUUAAUAGGCUGGGGUCUUCCUAUACUCGUCGUAUGUCUAAUUUUUGUAAUUGAUCAGUCCUACUAUGGCCGUUUCUCUAUUAACAUCUAUACAUCUCCUGAGAAUUACACCAACACAAGCAUCUGUUGGAUUACCAAACAGGAGAUCCACAGUUUCCUGAAUUUGGGCUAUUUAAGCCUGGUGCUCUUCUUCAACAGCAUAAUGCUGGCCACCAUGGUGUAUGAGAUUCUCAGGCUGAGACACCGAGAGCAUCACUGGGAAUAUGUGGUGAUGCUCCUGGGCCUGAGCUGUGUCCUGGGCAUCCCGUGGGGGCUGGUCUUCUUUGGAGUCAUUUCUGGGACCCUCACAUUGGUGGCCGUCUAUCUUUUCACCAUCAUCAAUUCUCUCCAAGGCUUCCUCAUCUUCCUUUGGUACUUGGCCAAAGUGCUGCAGUCUCGCAGGUCGAGUUCCAUGCAGUGCACAACUUCCAACAGCCUGAAGCUCCAGUCCACCAGCUCCAACAUCUGACCUCAUCCCGGCCAGGAGGACUUUGGGUGGGAAAAGCUUGUGGGAGGAUCUCCCUGGAAACUCAAUUCUUUGGUGGACCUGGGUGACUUCAUACCAAGCAAUUCUUUGGUGGACCUGGGUGACUUCAUACCUCUGCGUAGUUUAGAGACGAUACUGACCUGUUUUCCUUCAAUACAGGAAAUUUUCGACUUACAAUAGUUUGUUUAGUGACCUUUCAAAUGUACAAUGGCACUGAAAAAUAUGACUUAUGACCAUUUUUCAUACUUAUGACCAUUGCAGCAUUCCUGUGGUCACGUGAUCAAGCUUCAGA